AUGAAGGAAACAACCGAUUUCGACGAUUUGCAUGAUGUCUGCCUGUCCAGUGAACCUUUUGAUUCCGUGACACAACCAUUGCGCUUUGACAGACAUCCUAAAUUGAAACGAUUUGCCCAUUAUGCAGAGAUAGAAGAACCCAAAUACGUUGCGAGCGGGCAGCAGGGUACCGUGUUUCGCUUUAAAUGUCGUGGAAAAGAUCUGUGUCUAAAGCUGUUCAAAGAGUGGAGAGACGCCGGGUCUAGUCGAGUGUUCAAUGAACAGAGCCAAAAGCUGCUCAAUCCGUUCAAUGGGACAUUUGCUGUUCGCUGUCACGGAUGGAUGACCCUCACUGGCGCCGAUCUGGCACGAUUUCUCGCAGUCGAUAAAUCCACAAUGAUACCGCCGAGGUAUAAUACCAAGUGGGCUAUCGUCAAGGAUUAUAUCCCAAAUGGACCCCGUGAAAGCGACCUCGGCACUAUAAUCGACAACUUACAAGUUGCGAGACAAGCUUGGCUUUUACCCGAAGAUAUCAAGCCGGCGAACUACAAGGAGUCCUUUUUGGUUGAUCUCGGCAAUACGAAAACUUUUCCCACCCGCUUCGCUUCCGCAUUCGAAUUCCAUCAGUUUUACGAAUAUGGAUGCAAAUGCUUGAAAAGCAAAGGCUGGUUAAGUUCAUGGUAA